AUGUUGCCACCUCCAAACCAAGAUCUCGAGUCACUAUGCUAUUUAGAGACUAUGUUUCAAGAGUAUGGCUUUGACGACGGAUUUAGAGAUGGAGAGCAAUCAGGCGAGUUGGAAGGUCGUAUAUUUGGCUGCGAAAAGGCAUUUGAUUUAGGAAAAGAAAUUGGAUUUUAUGCGGGCUGUGUAGACAUGUGGACUCAACUAUCAAUAGACCAUCCAGAUAUGAUAUCAUCCAAAGUAUUAAAACAACUGGAAAGCCUGCAGAGGCUGAUUGAUCAAUUUCCCGACUACAAUGAUCAUGAUGUAGAUUUGUUUGCCCUGAGAGAUAAAAUGAAGAAUAAGCUACGAGUGAUCAGUUCCCUGUUGGGAGUGCAACAAAGAUAUUCAAAUGAGGAAAAGCCAAAGAUGAGUUAUUAA